AUGAAUGGUUCAAAACUGAUAAUGAUGAAACAUAAACAAAUUGAAUUCAAAGAUAGCCUAAACUUUUUCCAUACCAGACUGGCUGCUCUACCUGAUAUGUUUGGCAUUGAAGAUGCAGAGAAGGGGUAUUUCCCCCAUUAUUUCAACACUUUACCGAAUCAAAACUACUGUGGCUCUAUCCCUGAAGCAAAAUAUUACGGUAUGGAUGAAAUGGGUCUUAAAGAAAGGAAAAAAUUCGAAGAAUGGUACAAUGAUCAAAAAUCCAAGAAUGUGACAUUCAAUUUUCAAGAAGAGAUCCGAAAGUACUGCAUUGCAGAUGUAAAUGUACUAAGAAAAUCUUGUAUAAAGUUUCGAAAACUAUUCUACGAUUUAAUGGGGAUAGACCCUCUAGCAGCAACAUCAACAAUAGCCAGUGCCUGCAUGACUGCUUACAGAACAAAUUUCAUACCGCCAAAUACCAUCCCUUUGAUGACCUUUCCAUCAUAUCGAAUGAGGGACAAUCAAUCAAUGUUGGCAGUUCGAUAUUUGAAGUACUUUGAAGAUAUGCAUGGUGUUCAAUUAGAAUCUGCUUACCGUGGAUGGGAAAAGCAAAUUGGCAAAUAUAAGGUUGAUGGCUACCAUCCGUCAUUUCCUAUGGAAAAAUUAGGUCCAGUUCCUGAAGAUAUGCCAAGUGUAAGACCAUUGAUUAUCGAAAUUAAUGGAUGCUAUUAUCACGGAUGUCCAAAAUGUUUUGCCAAUCGAACAACAGCUGUUAAAUCGAAAGAUAGUAAAGAAUAUGUCAAUAUGGACAUGCGAUAUAAGAAUACACUGAAAAAAUUAGAACAUCUUCUUUCUCUGCCUGAAGCCCCUUAUGUUAUCACUAAAUGGGAAUGUGAGAUCUAUAAUGAAUGCAGAAGUAAUCCUACUCUGAAGCAUUAUAUGACAAAUGUCCAAAUUCCAACCCCGAUAUACUCCAACCGUGAACCAUUCUUCGGUGGCAGGACAGAAAACUUUUAUUGGUACUAUAGAGUGGACCCAGAAAAAAACGAAAAAAUUCGCUAUCUAGAUGUGAAUUCUCUCUAUCCUUACGUUAACAAAACAUGUGCCUCUGAAGAAAAUAAACUUGCAUGUAACCAUUCCGAUAAUGAAAGAGAAAUUAUGGGUACCUAUACAUGUAUUGAACUAAAUAAAGCUGUAGAAAAAGGAUACCAAAUCAAAGAGAUCUAUGAAGUUUGGGCUUAUAAAUCCACAAAAUAUAACAUUCAAACCAAUUCAGGCGGCUUAUUUGUAAACUAUAUAAAUACGUUCUUGAAGAUAAAACAAGAAGCCUCAGGGUUUCCACCUCAUGUCCAGUCAGAUGACGACAAAAGAAAAUUUAUUGAAGAAAUGAAACUUCGAGAAGGCGUAACCCUAGAUCUGGAGAAAAUUGAACCUAAUCCAGGCCUAAGAUCUCUGAGCAAACUCUGUCUAAAUAGUCUCUGGGGAAAAUUUGGGCAGAGGAACAAUCAAAGGCAGGUGAAAGUCAUAAAGGAUGGACCCGAAUUCUUCGAAUACUUUUCAAACCCAGCAAUAGACAUAACAGAUACAACUUUUGUUACUGAUGAUUUAGUUUAUGUCCACUGGGAAUACCUUGAAGAAACAGCCAUUGAUACACCCUUUAUCAAUCCAGUACUCAGUGCUCAUGUAACUGCCGAAGCCAGGCUGGUCCUAUAUAGUUAUUUGGAAAAAUUACAAGAUAGAGUACUCUACUGUGAUACAGAUUCAAUUAUCUAUAUUGAAAGACCAGGAGAUGAGCAAAUAGAGACAGGACCUUACUUAGGCCAGAUGGGAAAUGAACUGGAAAAAGAGGGUGAAGGAGCCUAUAUAACAGAAUUCAUUUCUGGCUUAAACGAUUUACCAGACAAUAUCUUGGAAAAAAUAUUGGAUAGUGUAUAUUGGAAGCAAUACUACACAACGCUACCCUACGUCAGUCAACGAUUGCAAAAGUCUUGCAUUGAAAGAAUUUUCAAAAUCAUGCAUCCCAAAACUAAGGCAUCAAAGGAUCACACUUUGGUUGUUGACAAUUAUAAAAAUCGAAGAAAUGGAAGAAACGGCGAAAUUAUCAUUAAUAGAUUCCGCAGAGGGCUCAUUCCAUGUAAUUGUUUAAGCAAACAGGGUCGUAAAAAAGAAGUACGAUACAUCAAGAGAUAUGUCAUUGAGCUAAAGGUAGGCCGCCCUUUCUUCAACGAUGACCACGACACAGGCGAAUCGGAUCUCGAAGAAUAA